AGAUUGCAGAAAAAUGCCUGGUGGAGUUCAGAAUAUGGCCGGGGCUCUGGAACCAAUGCAGGUUGAUAUGGGAGAGGAGAAUGAGAAUGAUGUUGCAGGAGAAGAGAAUGAAGAAGAACUAUUCACCGUGGACAAUCCGAGUCUGGAUCUUGAAACAUAUGCCUCCUCGUAUUCUGGUCUUGCUAAACUACAACGUCUCCAGUUUAUUGCAGAGCACUGCCCGCUUCUUAGAGCAGAAGCUCUUAAACUAGCGAUAAGUUGUGUAAUAAACACAUACAACACUGGUAUUUACCAACGCCUCCACCGGAAGCUAGCAGAGUGCGUGGGCGGCGCAGCUAAUGGAGCUGUGCCGGUUCUACCGGAUAUAGCCGUUGCAGCUGCUGACCACGGCUUGGCAGCUGCCGGGGCUGUUCCAGCACUGGAUUUGAACUGGGUUGACUCAAGGAAUAAGAGUGCUCAGAUGAAACUUGAAAAACUGGAUAAUGAUCUGAAGAAUUACAAAUCCAACAGCAUCAAGGAGUCUAUCCGACGUGGGCAUGAUGAUCUUGGAGAUCACUUCCUAGAUUGCGGAGAUCUAGGAAACGCACUGAAGUGCUACAGCAGAGCCAGGGAUUACUGCACAUCUGGACGACAUGUUGUUAGCAUGUGCGCAAAUGUAAUCAAGGUUUCAGUUUAUCUUCAGAACUGGUCCCAUGUGAUGAGCUACGUGAACAAGGCUCUAGCUACUCCUGACCUGGCUGAACCAAACCAGAAGAACGUUGACCAGCCUGCUCUCAUCACAAAACUCAAGUGCGCCGGAGGUCUCGCCGAUCUUAUGACGAGGAAGUAUAAAGCAGCGGCUCGACAGUUCCUGGAGGCCAACCUCGACUACUGCGACUGUCCCGACCUAAUGUCGCCUCAUAAUGUCGCCAUGUACGGGGGUUUGACCGCUCUGGCCACCUUUGACCGGGCCGAGCUCUUUAAGUUGGUCAUUUCUUCUUCACAGUUUAAGUUGUUCCUUGAACUUGAGCCGCAGUUAAGAGAAGUUAUUCAGUGCUUCUAUGAUUCUAAAUAUGGCCAGUGUCUUAAGCUUCUUGACGAAUUAAAGGACAAUUUUCUUCUGGAUAUUUACCUUGCGCCACAUGUUCAGACUCUUUUCUCUAUGAUCAGAAACCGUGGUCUGGUGCAGUACUUUAGCCCCUACUUGUCUGCUGAUCUGUUCAAGAUGGCGGACAGUUUUAACACCAACGUGGCAAACCUAGAAGAUGAACUUAUGAAACUAAUUCUAGAUGGAUCUAUUCAGGCGCGUAUUGACUCCCAUAACAAGGUUCUGUUGGCCCAAGAUGUAGAUCAGCGUAGUCAGACAUUCGAGAAGGCAAUAGAGACAGCAGACCUCUAUACAAGAAGAGCGCGCAGCAUAGUUCUACGAUCUGCAAUCCUGAAGGCAAAUAUAAGCGUGAAGUGCCAGGCCAGAGAUCAGCAGGAACACGUGGGAUUCAACAAUGUUGCCGCGCAGUGAUAUGUGCACUUGUACUGUGCUCAAAGACCAAGUUUUGCCGCGGAGUGAUUUGAUGUAACCUAUCAUAUGUUAUUUACAAAACAUUGUAAUAGUUAAUCAAUGUAAGAAAUUCUCAGGAAAGAAACCCGAAAUUCUUGCUAAGAAAAAUAAAUAAAAGAAAGUUUUUCAGGACAGGAAACAUCAGGAAUGUACUUCUAACAACACUAAAAAUAAACCUGGAUAAAUAUGAAACCGUGAAUUAUUUCAGA